UUUUUUUCAAAAAUGAUGACUAAUUAUCAUUGAAAUAAGUUUUUUAUCAAUUAAUAAUAUCAGUAAUGUUGAUAUUACGGUUAUUUAAGCUCCAAAGUUAUGAAAAUAAAAAAAUAAUUACGAUGGGAGAGUCAUCUUGAAAGAGUUCAGUAGACUAAAUUAAUUUUUUAUAGAUGUAAACAAAAUUCCGAGUAUCGAAAAAAAAUUUUAUAAUUUUAGUAUUAGAGUAUUUAUAUAAAAGUAUUUAAAAAAAAUAAAAAAAUAUAACCAAAGCUUUAAGUAGUCAAUUUAUAAGUAAUCAACGAAUUAGCAGAGUACAAGUUCUAAACUAAAAAAAUGACAGGCCACAAACAAUCUACAGAAGGGUAUUUAUUCGGAAUAUGUGGCCUAAUAGUGCAUUUAGUAAUUUUAUGGGGUGUAUUGGAUGCCAAUUUUUAUUCGCCAGUAUUAAAUGACUUGCCAGUAGUUGAACCUCUCUCAGGAGCACCAGCCAAACGUUUGUUUUUAUUUGUCGCCGAUGGAAUGCGGUACAGAACAUUCAGCUCGGAGCCGGCACCUUUUCUCAAGAACAUCAUUAAGACACAAGGAACAUGGGGUGUGUCUCACACAAGAAUGCCGACAGAAUCACGACCUGGGAAUGUUGCGAUAGCUGCUGGCCUUUAUGAAGAUCCAAGUGCUUUAUUCAAAGGGUGGAAGGAAAAUCCAGUUGAUUUUGAUUCGGUUUUCAAUCAGAGCUCUAUGGCAUGGGCUUGGGGAAGUCCUGAUAUUGUUCCAAUGUUUGUCAAAGGUAGUCAUUUAAACGUGCGUGGUGACAGCUAUCCAGCAGAAUGGCAGGACUUUGACAAAGCUUCCAAUUCUCCGAUAACUCUAGACUCAUGGGUUUUCAAAAAGUAUUUUGAAUGGCUGGAUAGAGAUGCAAUAAAGAUAAAAAGUAGAAAAGGAAUUCUUCUAUUUUUCCAUUUACUUGGUUGCGAUACCGCAGGUCACGCCAGCAAACCCCAUUCAAAAGAGUAUAAAGAGAGCUUGAAAUUCGUCGACCAGAAAAUUAAAGAAGUGGUGAAAAGUGUCGACAAAUUUUUUGGAGACGGUCGCACUGCUUACAUAUUCACUGCUGACCAUGGAAUGACAGACUGGGGUUCGCAUGGUAGUGGCUCCGAUGACGAAACUGAGACACCUUUUAUCGCUUGGGGUGCUGGGGUUAGUCAUCUGUCAGGUCGUCGUGAUAUAGAGCAAGCAGACAUUGCACCUCUUGUUGCAUCGCUCCUCGGAAUUUCUAUUCCUGUCAAUAGCGAAGGAGUCUUACCAAGAUUAUACUUGCAAUCUGGUAAUCAGGAAUACGGAGCACAUGCUCUAUUGAACAAUAUAAAACAAUUAUUGAACCAAGUAAAAGGAAAUCGUUUGGCUGUGAGUGGCGAAAGUUCUUCAUAUUCAAACUGGCGAGAACGUGAAUUAGAAAAAAUGAUAGAUAAAGUUGAAAAAUUGUUACAUGACAAUAAAGUAGUCGAAGCUAUAAGAGUAGCGGAAGAAACUGUUGAAAAAUGUAAAAGUUAUUUAUAUUACUAUCGACAGUACCAAAAAAAUCAAUUAAUUGUUUAUUUAACAUUGAUGUGGCUUGGAUGGAUUGUUUUGUUGGUACUAAAAAUAACUGGGACUCCACGAAGUCACUUAAACAAUACUUACAAAGUCAAAAGUGCAUAUCAUACAGUACUUAAUUUAUCAUUUUUUAUCGCUUUAGUAACAUUGAUUACUGAACACUUUUUUUCAGGUAGAAAAGACUCUAGAGUUAUAUAUUACGGCAUAGCAGCGCUUAUAUUUGUCUGGCUUGGAUUUUGUGCCCCGUUGGUGUUAGUUCCAGUAUAUCAUGUCAAAAAAAAUGAACCAAUAAGAAUAAUAAUCGGCGGUACAGUUCUAUUGUUAUUAACCAUGUCUGCUGGUUUAUUUAACAAAUUAUUCUUUAGCUUGGCAAUGGUAAUAACGGCUAUAAUGCAGAAGUUGACAAUUAAAAAGCCUGAUAAACUAUUAAUCUUGACGGCUUUAGCGCUUGCUAUUUAUCCGGCAUUGCCUAUUGUGAAACCAGAUCCUCAGACUGGAAUAGUACUGAUAAGCGUGGCUGUAGCAGCGGUGGCUUUGGUGAUACACAAUUUACCAUCCCAUAUAUUGAUAAUUGAGUUGUUACGCCUAGCUCUGACGACCUUAAUAUUGACUGGUGAUAUAGACGGUAGAACAGGAUUGUCGUGGAUUAUUUUAGCUUCUAGUCCAAUCAGUAUAUUUCUGCACCCCGCAGAUGAUGUAAAAAAGAGAUUAACUGGGGUAACUUACGGCCUAUUUUGCCCAUUAGUAUUACUCUCAGCUUCUUACGAGCCUCAAGUUUAUUUACUGCUUGCUAUUCAUUUAAUGACACUGCUAGACAACGACAAUAAUGAUGAGGAAUUGAAAUCAACUGGGAAUUGCAGAAGAUCAUUGAGCCCAUCUGAUCUCGUUACAGCUGCGUACUUCAUGCUGUACAUACUUCUGUCAUUUUUCGGAACAGGAAACAUGGCGAGCAUAAGUUCAUUCGACCCGAUGUGGACCAAGCAUUUUAUCACACUCUUUUCACCUUUCACGAUGUCAGCAUUGAUUUUAUUAAAACUAGCGAUUCCAUUGAUUCUAGUCGGGUGUGCGAGCCGCGUGCUGGCGUCAUCUUCAAUAUUCUUGGCCGUUUUGCUGCUGGGUGACUGCCUGUCAUUGCCGCUGAUAUUUACCGUAACGCCUCAAGGCAGCUGGCUAGACAUCGGCACUGCAAUAAGCCGUUACGCUAUCGCAGUAACACUUCCAUGUCUCUUUUUAGUUCUGUACCAUCUCUCGAGUCCGCUAAUGACUGUUGACUUCUCAUCACGAAAAACGCUGAAAAAACAUCUAGUUUAAUUUUUUACAUUAAUAAAUCCCCUAAAAAUUUUA